GAUGUGGCACGCUCGGUGUAUCCCGAGCGCUGCUCUGCACCACCGACCCGUGGGGGGACCCCAUCCCGCACCCCGAUCCUGCUGGCAAGGGCUGCGGGUCCCCUUGGCACCCCAGACUGCUGAGCCACAGGCUGGCCAUGUGUUGGGGAGGCUGCUGGAUCCGGGGUCCCCCUUGCUGGCUGCUCGGUGCCUGUGCCACGGCCGUGGCUGUGGCACACGUCUGAGGGGAAAGUGGGGAGGACAUUGCCGUUAUGGACCGGCGUUGUGACAGGAGAUGAUGUAGGCAUUGAGAAGUAAAUGGAACGUGAUUGCAUGGAGGAACUAGGCUGGUGGUGGCUCUUUUCCUUCCCCUUUGCUGGGUAAGAGACCAGCACCCUGCUAAAAUAAGCCCAGUCCAGCUGAGUCAGCUGAGGCCAGUGCAGCAGAGUCCCACGGAGCCGAAUCCAGCCAAGCAAAGCCCAGCCAUCAGGGAGUAAGGCGUGGAAUACCCAUGGUUCUGGUGGCACAGGAACUGCCUCUCAUGUGCCUGAUGCUGCUCCUGCUCUGCAGAGAACCAGGUGUGGAUGCCCAGGCAGGUCAGCGCUUCACUCUGCAGCAGCCCCAGUCCAAGGUGACGGUGGCAGCAGGGGAGACGCUCACCCUGAACUGCAUCGCAUCUGGAAUUGCUGGACCAGGUCCUGUGAUGUGGCUGAAGGGCUGGGGCAAUGGGAACAAGACUGUCUAUGACCCCAAUAACGAGGAUUCCUCUUCCCGUGUGACAAGAGCAGUGCCUGGGUCUGACACAGACUUCACCAUCCGCAUCAGCAAUGUUCAGCCUGAGGACAUGGGCACCUACUACUGUGUGAAGUUUGUCAAGGGCAUCACUGGUAAUGAUGAGCUGUUUCUGCGUGGCAGUGGCACCGAGGUGUCUGUGCAAGCCAAACCCAGCCCCCCGCUCGUGUCUGGGCCUGAGCAGAGAGCGAGGCCGGGGCAGCCGGUGCCUUUCACCUGCACGACUGGAGGGUUCUUUCCUGACAAGAUUGGGGUGAAAUGGUUCAAGAACAGCAACCCCUUGGGGGCUCAGCCACCCCAGGUCACUGAGUGGAAGAUGAAAACCUACAACACGUCCAGCACAGCAGUGGUGACCCUGCAGAAGGACGAUGUCGGCUCGCAGCUCACCUGUGAGGUGACGCACUCCACACUGCCGGCCCCGCUGCGAGGGAGCUACCAGCUCAGCAGGGUCCUGCGAGUUCCCCCCAGCGUCGAAGUGCGCGCUGAGCCGAGCCCCGCUGAGGUGAACAGGAUUGUGACCUUCACCUGCCUCGUGAAGGAGUUUUACCCAGCUGAAGUGUCCAUUUCCUGGCUGGAGAAUGGGACUGAGAUAAAGGGGCAGAACCUUUCCCGGCCAUUGGAGCUGCUCCAGGGCUUGUUUGAGCUGAGAAGCCGGGUGGAGGUGCAAGCGACGGAGGAGAAAAACGGGUCCAUGAUCACCUGCACAGUGCUGCACGAUGCUCAGGCCCCUGCCAGCUACUCAGCCGUCCUGUUGAUCUCCAACCCAGCCCAGAGUGGGUUCCAGAUGGAUAAGGGUGGAAACCUUCUGUCCAGCCUCCUCCUCCUGGGGAUGAGUAUGCUGCUGGAGAAGGGGCUCCUUGGUGGGCUCCUCUUCUUCCUCUUCAAGCGCAUUAAUAGAAAAGCAUCGGAGAUGUUGCCAUACCCUGCUCCACCUCAGUUCCCGGCUCCUGCAGCCAGGUCCCAGGGCUUGGCCACUGCCAGCAGUGAUGUGUGAACCUGGAAAUAAACGAGCCAGCAUGCA